UUGGCGCGUGCUCGCUGCCGCUGGCCUCGUGAGAGCGCCGCUGCGGUCGAGAGGCUGACAGAUUGACGUCAUCGGGACUGACGCAGAGCGAGCAGAGAGGCAGAGCGCAGCAGCAUCCCUGCUUACCAGCGGCACCUCACCAAUCUCCAGCAGCUAGGUGUUUUCUCACUGAGCACCCUACAGAAAUAACGAGAUAAAAGAUAAGAUGGCCACCUCCUCCUCCACUCUGGAAGAAGACGAGAGUUUGAAGGGCUGUGAAAUUUUUGUGCAGAAGCACAACAUCCAGCAGAUCCUCAAAGAGUGCAUUGUGAACCUCUGCAUUGCAAAGCCUGAGCGUCCUAUGAAGUUCCUGCGGGAACAUUUUGAAAAGCUGGAGAAGGAAGAAUGCAAGCAGAUCAUGGCACGCCAGAAAUCUAACAGCCAGUCGGACUCACACGAUGAUGAGGUUUCUCCCCCACCGCCCAAUCCUGUCGUGAAGGCCCGGCGCCGCAGGGGAGGGGUCAGCGCCGAGGUCUACACUGAAGAGGAUGCUGUCAGCUACGUACGCAAGGUGAUCCCAAAGGACUACAAGACCAUGACCGCCUUAGCCAAGGCCAUCUCCAAGAAUGUGCUGUUUGCUCACCUGGACGACAAUGAGAGAAGUGACAUAUUUGAUGCCAUGUUCCCAGUCACCCACAUCGCAGGGGAAACAGUCAUCCAGCAAGGCGAUGAAGGAGACAACUUCUAUGUGAUUGACCAAGGUGAAGUGGACGUGUACGUGAACGGGGAGUGGGUGACCAGUAUUGGAGAAGGAGGUAGUUUUGGAGAGCUGGCCCUGAUCUAUGGGACUCCAAGAGCUGCUACCGUGAAGGCCAAGACGGAUCUGAAACUGUGGGGCAUCGACCGAGACAGCUACCGGCGCAUCCUCAUGGGAAGCACACUGAGGAAGAGAAAGAUGUACGAAGAGUUCCUCAGCAAGGUCUCCAUCCUUGGUAAGUCUAGCAAAAACUGUAAAAACUUGAUAAUUAUGUCCGCUUCUGUCUAACUGUUUAUUUCUGCAUUCAUUGAGUGUAGUGCAGGGGAUGUUUGCCCCUUUCAUGCCUAUGUUCAUAUUCAUUUUAAACACCGGGUCAGAGGGUCCAGAGUGCCGGCAGUUAAAUCUGCCGUCUGCAAACAUAUACUGUAGAUUAGCCCACAUAAACACAGGCGCACGUUGUCACACAAGGCCCAUGGCU